UCCUCCCCUGGGGGGCAGCCCCAGAGGGAGGGAAGAGGUCCCGGGGCCUAACCCUGAGCCCCAGACCCCUCUGGGUGCCCAGCAGGGUCAGCCUGGGUGGGCACAUCUCUGCCUCAGGGAUUGUCCAUGUCCAGUGGCUGCUACUGGAAGCCCCGUUUGGUCUGAUGUGUCUUGUUUUCUUUGGGGACCUGCAAAGGGAAGAAGGAGGUGCCUGCUGGGGACCCCCCUUCUGAAACUCUCCUGUUAGCCCUGGUACAGGGUCCUUGAAGCCAGAGUUCCUGCUCACCCCAUAGAUGUCGCCCUCUGGUCACCUGUACCUCCUCACCAUUGUGGGCCUGAUUCUCCCUACCAGAGGACAGACAUUGGAGGAGACCACACUCACUUCUCUAGCAGACCCAACCACUGUGGACAUUCAGGCCCUGACGCCAACUCCAGAAGCAGUUCUCCCAGAACUCCAGUCCACCCCCCAGACUUCAAACCUGCAGCCUGGUGUAGAAGCCACAGGGACCCAGACAGCCAGCCAGACGCAGCAAACGGAGGGAGUGGUUGUGUUUCCAACCACAGAUCCUGGGAUGGACAAGCGCCCCACAGAAGCUUCUGGCCACUCACCGUCUGCUGAUCCCAUUAAAGCCACCACACUCUCCAAGCGGUCUCCAGACAAAGACUCCUGGAGAGACCUUCCCUUCGAGCCCACUGAUUCAAGUGAGGACAACCCCUUCUUCUAUGAUGAGGACACUCUCCGGAAACACGGGCUGGUGGUCGCAGCUGUGCUCUUCAUCACAGGCAUUAUCAUCCUCACCAGUGGCAAGUGUAGACAGUUGCCUCGAUUAUGCCGGAAUUAUAACAGAACCUACGCAGUAGCCCAUAAGGCCCAGCCUGAGAGGGAAGACACUGGAUGGAGCCAGAGCCAGGCUGACGCCUGAGCCCCCUACCUUCUCAACUCUGCCAGCCCUGAGGGUUGCCCAGCUUCUCAGGCACUGCCCCCCCCCACUACCAUUCUGUUGAGAAAAAAAGUAAAGCACUGUAAUCCUUGUCUCGUGAUCUGUGAUCCUUCUUAA